UUUUACGGCCCUGCCUUUGUCGUUUCUUGCUUGCACACGAAGACAAGAUUCCAUCAUGAGAGGUACCAAGCCACGUCAUAGCCCAGAUAUAUAGGGCGGUGGCUACGAGAUGUAAAAGCUCAUAACGAGACCUACAAUAGGAGAAGGAAGGAAGGAACGGAGAGAAAUAGUGGCAUCUCUAGGUUUCUUCUGCUUAGCUUAUGCUCUUUUAUCCCGAAGGUUGUGUCAGAUAACCAUUAGAAGGGAUUGAUAUUAUUUACGUCAUGGAGCCAGUGUGUCUCUGGUUGGAUUGCUACCAUCAGCAGAUAUUUUCGUUACAGAAAGUUCUUAAUUGGCGGUUUAUCAUCCUUGGAGAUUUUCCUCUUGUUUCCUUUGUCAAUUGCACUUAAUGAACAGCUUUCCUUAAAUAAUAAGUACAGGAGGUCAAAACAUUCUUCCUAAGAAGGAUGUUGGAUCUUUUGUGAAUGUGUAGACUUGUGCUGCAUGCCUUGGUUUAUUUUAAAUGAUGGUUAUGAUGUAAAAUGCAACUGCUGUUAGUCUUCUCUUGCAAUUUUUUUGUUGCUAGUGCAUUGCUGGUACAACAUCCAUUUGAGAUCCUUUGAAAAUGAUUUUGUGAGGGCUGAAUUCGGCAAGUAGACAAAGGAAAAUUGUUUGUUGGAAAUUAGUAGCUGUUUGACAGCACUGUAUUUGUGCAGAGUUGUUGUUUAUAUCGUUAUUUGACUUUUCUCCACAAUGAUGGUUUGUCACAAGUGGUAAGGUUCAGUCAUCUGAAGAUUUGCAUCAGAUUCCUAGUAUUUCUGCAUUUGAUUUGUUACUGAGUCUGGAAGCUGUACAGUUUCUUGAGCUAAGAGUUAUACCACUUUGAGAAAAUUGUGUUCUGUCAGUUUGGACAAGUGUCAAGAUGCUCUGUGGUUCCCAUCUUCCCUUGCCAUUUCUGCCUUGCCAUUGUUGGAUGUUUGAUUUCCUACAGUUGACGGAUAAAGCUGUGAAGCCCAUCAUUCAUAAUCAUACUGGUUUUGCAUGGAUGUGCAGUACAGCAGAUAAUUAAUGUGGACUUUGCUGAAUCAGCCAGGCCCUUUUGUAGUUUUCUUUCACAAGCCGUUAAAUAUAAAAAUUUUAGUAUCUCUUUUUCAUGUAUACUCGCUUCCGAACAAAUAAAGUAUCACAAGAAGUUGAAAUCACAAAAAUGGAGAGGUAUAAGAUUAUUAAGGAAGUUGGUAAUGGUACAUUUGGAAAUGUCUGGCGAGCUAUAAAUAAGCAAUCUGGUGAAGUGGUUGCAAUAAAAAAAAUGAAAAAGAAAUAUUAUUCAUGGGAAGAAUGUAUAAAUUUGAGAGAAGUAAAGUCACUCCGGAAAAUGAAGAAUCCAAAUAUAGUGAAGCUCAAGGAAGUUAUUAGAGAAAAUGACAUCUUGUACUUUGUCUUUGAGCACAUGGAGUGCAAUCUCUACCAGCUUAUGAAGGACAGAAGCAAACUUUUUUCCGAAGCUGAAGUCAAAAAUUGGUGUUUCCAAGUGUUUCAAGGUUUAGCAUACAUGCAUCGACAUGGGUACUUUCAUCGUGACCUCAAGCCAGAGAACUUGCUGGUUUCUAAGGAUGUUAUAAAAAUCGCUGAUUUUGGUCUUGCUCGUGAGAUCAAUUCUCAACCUCCAUUCACUGAAUAUGUCUCAACACGCUGGUACAGGGCCCCUGAAGUUCUUCUUCAGUCACAAAUGUAUGGUCCUGCAGUUGACAUGUGGGCAAUGGGUGCAAUAAUGGCUGAAUUGUUUACUCUACGUCCUUUAUUUCCAGGCUCCAGUGAAGCAGAUGAGAUUUAUAAGAUAUGCUGUGUAAUAGGAAGCCCAACGAAGAGUGAAUGGCCUGAGGGACUUGAACUUGCUAAUGCCAUCAACUACCAGUUUCCACAAGUUGCUAGCGUACCUCUUUCUUCGGUAAUACCAUGUGUUAUCGAGGAUGCAGUUAAUCUUAUUGGAUCGCUUUGUUCGUGGGAUCCUUGCAAGAGGCCAACAGCCUUGGAGGCCCUUCAACAUCCCUUCUUCCAGAGUUGCUUCCAUCUUCCACCAGCAUUACACUGUAAAACUGCUGUUGCUAGAACACCUCCGUCUGAUGGCAUGAGGGGAGCUUUGGAACAAAAAUGUGGUAGAAGAUAUGCAGGGGCUUUAUCAAACCCAAGACCCUUGAACAACUGCUCUGUUAAAUCACACACAUCUUUGAAUGCAGGUGUACAGAGGAAGCUGGACAUGAAUAAGCAGGAUGUGAGAAAGAAUGACAAGACCUUGAAGAGCAAUGUGAAGCCACAGCCGAGACAUUGGUCGCCUGCAAUGAAUGGACCAGCAGCCAGCUUCUUGGGAAAGACACGCGGAGUUUCUGAUGUGUCCAAUAAGUUAGCAAACAUGAAAGUAAGCUCCGGUAGACCACCUGUAAAGCAGUUGGUGCCUCUUCCUACGAAGGCUGGAGGAGGGCAUACGCAAUCUGAUUUGUCCUUUGGACGACACAAAGAAAUUCUUCCUGAAAGAGGUUAUGGUAGAAAAGUAGCAGGAUGAGGAAUCAGUCAGCUGAGAAAUUAUAGAUGGUUGAGUAUGUUUGUGCUUCUUGUUGCAGAUAAAUUUUCCUGGAAGAGCUAAUAAAGAGAUAGUGGCAGAGUGAAGGAAACACUCGGUUGACAUUUUACAGAUGAUCAAAUGUUGUCUAUGUUCGUUUUGUGCAGAUGACCUUAGUUGAGCUUAGCUGCCCAAGUAAAUUCUUUCCCAUAUAGCAUCAGUUCUUUCUUGUUGGGUAUGAUUGGUUUUUCUGAUAAAAAAUUACUGCAAUACUGGUUCGAAAUAUGGGCUUGUUUUAGAUGUUUGUUUUUAUUCACGUGGGCUCAGAUUGUGUUAUUUGGAGUGAACCUCUUGGCUCACUUGAGAUAUGUACGCCUUACAACAUCCGUGGUCUACAAACUCUAUUAUGAGCAUGAUUUGAGAAUAAGAUCCAGUUUAAAAGCUGAGGGUCUUUUAGUUAUAGAUUCUCUUGUUCUACUGA